AUGAGUUUAAAAGACAAAAAAGAAUUAGAUAUUCCUAAAGAUUAUAAUUUAAUGCUAGCAUGGUUUGAAAACAACAAAAAGUUAGUUUUAGAUUGUCCAUCAAUUAUGAAAGAAAUACUUUUUAACUUAAAUCAGUUAUUGAGUGAUGUACACUCAACAACUGAGUUUAAAAAUGACAUUAGAGUUGUAAUAAAAACAAUAAAAACUGAAUAUGAGUCAAUGUUUAAAAAAUUCAAUCCAUCACUUACCAACGAGAAGAUAUUUGACAUAAUAAACAGACAUGAGUUUGAUACAUUUUUUGAGUUUUGUAAAAGGCGUGAAUCGAAAUGUUUAUUUGCUGAUAUACUAAAUAUAGGAUUUCAAGGAAUUGAAAGAAAGCGACAAGAAAAAGAACGAGUUGAUGAGGCACUUGAAAAAGCUGAGGCCAACACUCUCAAAAAUAUCGAUAAACAACAUGAACAAGAAGCCAUGAAAGAAAUAGAAAAAAUUGAUUUAAUAUUAAAACAAAAUCAAAAAAUAGAAUAUUUUAAGCUUAUUAUUGAUCCAAAAUCAUUUUCUAAAACAAUUUAUAACGCAUUUAAUUUGUCACUGGCAACAAGAUUAAAAAAGGCUGAGUUUAAAAUGAUUGAGAAGACACUUUAUGUUUGUGUCUGUAAAAACAUUAAAAGUAUCAAAAACAACGAAGAGUAUAUUCACAGUAUUUUAUCUCUUGAUUAUAAAAAAUAUUUGAAAUUAAUCGAAGAAAUGAAUUUAAUAGAAAGUGUUAUUCAGUAA